UCAUACCUAGUUUCACCAUUCAUACUUUCAAUCUUCCAAAACCUUAACAGAAUACUGAAGAAGAAAGCAGCCAUGAAUCCUGAGUCUAGUGAGUCCGUCAAUCCUCUUCUGGAUAUAGACAGCUGGCUUGACUUCUGCCAGAGCAGAGGAGGAUUAAUGGAGGAUCAUCUGGAUACAGAGUUGAUGAAUAUUAUCAAUAGUAACAACAACCACCACCGUGGUCACAUGAGCCCCUCUAGGCCCUCAUCCAUGACUAUGCAUAUGAAGCAAAAUCACAAUUCUUAUGAUCUCUCCUCCUUAAUGAACAGUGCAGAAGCAACCUCAGUGACUACCAUGGCAAUGCCCCGGAGUUUCAUCAAUAUACCCACUAAUUCUUCCUCAGCAAAGUCAAGUAACAUUACUAGUGGUACAACACCAUCAACUGGUUUACAAGGCCGCCCAAAUGCCACAGGAAAUGGUGCAGUAAAAGUGAAGAAGAAGAGGGUGAGGGCAUCAAGGAGAGUCCCUACUACAGUGCUGAGAACAGACACCUCCAACUUUAAGGCCAUGGUCCAACACUUUACUGGAAUACCGGUAGACACCUCCUCCUCCUCCUCCUCCCCUACUACCACUGCAACUACUAAUCCAAGCUCUUCAGAACCUCCUUUUACCAAACCCCUUCCUCACCCUGCUGUCUGCAAGAUUCCACCUUCCACUCAAAACAAACCCUCCACCAGUUCUGCUGCUGCUACUGCUGCAACUAGUGCUUCAAAUGAUGGAGAACAACACUCUUUGUCUUUGCCUUCAUCCUUUUCUAGCCAAUCUGUCCAUGACAUUUCCUCUCCACUUCUUUCACCCAAUGUGUUCACUCCUGAUCCAGCUAAUAAUGAUAUCCCUGAAGAACAGACCAUGUCUAUGUCUAUGUCUGCCAUGGAUGCUGCUUUCUUUGAGAAACUGUGGAGCUAAAUCAGCUUUGGGAAUUAUGAGGAGCAAUGACACCACCAGGCAAAAACUGGCGUACAUUUAUUGCUGAGUACCUCUACAAGAAAUUUAAUAUAAGGAGAGAACUAAUCCUAUCAUCUUCCCAUGGAAAAAAACAAAACAAAUUUGAUGUUUUCAUAAUUCAUUAUUAUAGUUUUGAAACUUUUUUUUCUGGAUCUGAAAUAUCAAAUUCAGAAAUUUUUUAAUCCAGAAAAAUCUGUUUCAAAACUACUUUAUAUGAUUUUAUAAUAGUUGAAGAAGAACAGGAGCAGACAUUCCCUUUAAUGGAGGACAAUACAUUCAAUUAAUCAUUUCUUUUAUCUACCUUUGGAUUAUUGUGAAGAAUCUUAUUUGCUAGAUCCACUGAUAUGUAACAAAUUCAUGACCUCUAACAGAAAUCUACUUUCACUUGUACAAGUGAUGUUAUAUAUAUAUAUAUUUUUUUUU